CUCUGAGGCAAUGAAGGUAGCAAACCAACCUUGAACCCACCUUCUUUGGCCGACCAAAAACAUUCAAGUUGAAUCCCGUCCAUAUUUUCCCACCCCUUCUUCAACUAAUAACUCCAUCCUCCCUUACAAUCUUUAUUUUCUCCCCUAUUUUCAGAAAUCCAUCCAUCCAUCACCAUGUCUGACGUCGCUGAGACCAAGCCCGACCCCACCACCAGCGCUCCUGAGGCCGCUGAGAAGCCCGAGACCACCACCACCGAGGCCGUGGCUGAGGAGGCUAAGGCUGCUGCUGAGUCUGCCGCUGAGACCGUCAAGGAGACUGCCACCAAGACCACCGACAGCGUUUUCUCCAUGUUCGGCGGAGGUCCCAAGAAGGAGAAGGUCGAGGCUGAGGAUGACAAGGACGAGCCUUCUGGCUCUUCCAAGGCCCAGAAGGCUGAGGAGGAGGUGAGUCAACCCAAAAGUUUCUUUGGUGGAUGUGGGAGGAAUCACUCGGUGGUUGGGCUUGCGGGUUACUGUUCAGACAUACCCCGCUUUCGCCCCUCCAUGGCGGAGAGGUUCUGGGUUCACAUCUUUGUUCUGUCUCUUCCUAUCGCUAUCCCGCGGGGAACCAGCUUGACUCAAUUGUGAGAUGAAGUCUUUGACUAACUCGACACUUGCCUCGACAGGACGAAGCCCCCGAGUCCCCCGAUGUCCACUUCGAGCCCGUCAUCCGCCUGACGGAGAAGGUCGAGACCAAGACCAACGAGGAGCUGGAGGAGCAGACUUUCAAGAUGCGUGCCAAGCUGUUCCGCUUCGACCGUGAGAGCAAGG